AUGAGACUUGUGGUGAAAUUAAGAAUUCCCUGGUGUCAGUACCUGGAAGUGGCGCAUCGCGGUGACACGGGCCAUCCAUCACCGCGGCCCGCAGCCACACUCAGCCUGACGAGAUCCAAGAUGGCGGCGCGCGCAGACCUUUUGCCAGUCGCUGUCAUCUAUCCGUCUGAGCGUCCAUCAAUCACCGGCGUUCAGAGGGUCAGGCCUUCACGCUCCAUUUCACCGUCGCCGCAGCUGCUGUGGCACCCACCGAGCCGGAAAACUGCACCGCGACAGGCAGUUCACUGA